UCAGCGCUGAAGAAGAAACUGAUGGAGCUGCAUAAUCAGAGUGAAAAAGCUGUUCGGGCGAUGAACACUGUGAAAACCAGCCAAAGCCAAGCUGCUGAGACUGCUUCAAGAAAGAAAGAUUUGAUGAGAAGUGAGUUUUCUGAAAUUAAAGCUUUAAUUGAAGAAAGAGAAAAUCAAUCCUUGAAAGUAAUUGCAGAUGAAGAAAAAAGAGUUUCCAAUAAGUUUGAUUAUGUUUAUGGUGUUCUGGGAAGUAAGAAGAAGGAGAUUCAGGCUCUCAAAGAUCAGAUUGAGAUGGCACUGAAUGAGGGCGAUGACAUUCUGUUUUUGAAGAGAGCAGCAGCACUGCAAAAGACAUCAACAAAGGAUGCUUAUGUUCCUGUAAUUGAAAUGGACCAAAACUUGAUACAUUCCACUUAUCAGUCUGCCAUUAACCUUAAAGACAUUGUGAAACUUUCAUUGACUCAGUGUAGGGAGAAGAAAGCAGAAGCGCCAACCGUGGGGAUACCAAAUGCUCCAACUGCCCCUGCAACUGCUGCUGCAACUAAAGAGCUUAUUGACAGCUUUCUGAAGAAAUCCAGAGAGGAGCUUUUGCACUAUGCUGCCAACAUCAUGCUGGAUUACAACACGGCUCACAACAAAGUGGUUCUGUCUGACACAUACACCAGGAUGUGCGUCUCAGACAUCCCCCUGAGUUACAGCCCCCACCCUCAGCGCUUCACCGAUUGUUCCCAAGUGCUGGGGUUCCAGUGCUUCAAGACAGGUGUCCACUACUGGGAAGUGGAGCUGCAGCAGAACAACUUCUGCGGCAUCGGCAUCUGCUACGGCAGCAUGGACCGACAGGGGCCCGAGAGCCGCCUGGGGCGGAACAGCCGUUCGUGGUGUAUCGAGUGGUUUAAUUCCAAAAUAUCAUCCUGGCAUAAUGAUGUCGAGAAGUGCCUUCCCAAUGUGAAGGCUACCAAAAUUGGUGUGCUGCUCCACUGUGAGGGAGGGUUUGUGAUUUUCAUGGCUGUUGGGGAGAAGCACAACCUGAUCUAUAAAUUCAAAGCCCAGUUUACUGAAGCUUUGUACCCAGCCUUCUGGUUGUUUUCCAGUGGCACCGUUCUCUCCCUCUGCCCAAUGAAAUAG